UCUGAUCGAGUAGCAAAGUCCGACUUGCUGUUUAUCUGCACUCCAAUUCACUUCAGUCUUACAAAUCUUUUCUACUAAGGUUCCAAUAUCAAAUCAACAUGAAGGCCUUCGCUUUCUUGGCACUUUUCAUCGUGGGAACCUUGGGCUCUACCUUGGCAAACGCCGAGAGAGCCCCUGCAGGCAAAUUGGUCCAGGGUCUGGUGACUGAGGUGAAGAAGUUGCAAUCCGAAAACCAAAAGCUCCGUUCACUGAUGGUGCAACCAAGGAACGACGAUUGCAUCGAUUGUGUCAGAGAAAUUGCUCACGCUGUGAACAUUUGCAAUGAACUUGAUACUUCCACUCUGGAAUGCGUCGAGAACAGCAUUGGGGCUGCUUCAGAUUGUUUGAGAUUCGUUUGCGACAUCUUAGAUGUGAUUGAUGGAGGCGACGGCAUUUGCCCUGAGGACGACGAUGGCACCAACGAUGGAACUAUUGUGGAUUGUGCCACUUGCGCCGUGGACAUUGACCUCGCCAUUAAGGCUUGCAACGACGACGAUAACAGCACCUUAUUGUGUGUGGAGAACAUCUUAGGAACGGUGUCCGAUUGUUUGGUGUGCAUUUGUGAAAUCGCUGGAGCCAUCGGUAACGAACCAAUCACCGGUUGUGAUCCCGAUUACCCGCUUUAAACCAACCAAAUAGGCAUCAAGUGAACAAGGCUGGUCUUUGGUUCAUUUCGCUUCAUCCUGUUAUGGGAAGCAAACUGUACGAGUACGUUCCAAUACAGAAUAAAUAAGCAUGCAUAUCA